AUGCCUGGGAAGCAACAGCGAGGUUCAGUCUCGCCGUGGUCCACCUGCAAGAGCUGUGGCGCGCACGAGUGGAACGGGGUCCUGCAGAAGCAGGCCUGCAAGCGCAGCCGCUGCGGAGUAAAGGUCGACCUCUACGCCGCUAAGGGGAGCAACUCCAAGGAGGGCAAGGCGGGCAAGGUUCCCGUCGUCGGGAAGGGGCCCAGCGACUCAGUCUCGGCAGAGGACAAGGCCAUCUUGACCCUGGAGGCUGCUCUCAGGUGCACGGAGGACCCCGCCCUUCGCAGGAUGAUCCAGUCGCAGAUCGACGACCUCAGGCACAAGCGGGCUCGGCAGUCUGCUGACAGGAUGGCGACGGCGACGGAUGAGAUGUUCGGAGACCUCUGCUCUGCUGGAGGGGGGCGGGCAGCACAGGCGGGGCGCCCGUUGCCCGAAGUGCCGGCCCAGUGUAACCAGCGCGUUGGGCUUUUCAACGUGAAGAAAGCUGGGAGCAUCCGUCGACCGCCCGGCGUCCGCGGCUCUCCGGCCAUGGGCUCCGCGGGUGCCCGGGGCCGCGCCGGGGCUGGACUCGAACAGCACGCCGCGCGCCCGCAGGUGGUGGGCUGCGCGGGCUCCGACGGCCGCGCCGCCCUUGGGCCCGUCGACGCUCGCGAGGGGGCCGGGCUGCUGGGCGGCGGCGCGCCGGCGGAGGACGGAGAGGAUACUGGCUGGGCGCUGGGAUUGUCGGCCGCUGCGCUGCUGGACGACUUGCUGGGCAGCGGGGCGGUGCUGUGCACCGCGGUGGCGCUGGCGCUGCGGGGUGCCGGCUCUCUGCUGGGCUUGGCAGUGCAGGCUGCCUCGCACUGGGUCUGCUCUUUGCUGCUCCUCUUCCACUUGCUGGUCACGCUGCUCCCCCCGCGCCAGGAGAGGAGGAGGAGUUCACGCGCUCGACCGUAGCACCUGAGGUGCUGGCCCAGGUGCAGCUGCGCUUGGAGCUCGCGCGGGAGCGGCAGGCCGACGCCGCUAUAGGUACGGUGCUGCUGUUUGCGGGCGCCGCUUUGCCCGUAUUGGCCUUGCUAAAGCUCCUCGUUUGGAGCUCCUGGCGGCCCAGCGGCAGCGACGGUGGCAACGCCUCUAGAUCAUCGGCCCAUCGCGCGAGACUCGGAGCUGCUCGCGUGGUGGGGGUUUGGCAUGUACUUCCUGCAGGCGGCCGUGAGGGCGCUCGGGGGCUGGAGGCUGGGUGACAGGGCCGUCCGCGAGAGCGCGCUCGUGUCCUGCGUGACACCUGGCGUGCCUUCCUCCUGGUGCUCGGCGUCGCCGCGUCCUGGGAGAGGGUCGACCUGUGGGCCGCGGAGCCCGCGGCCUCGCUGGCGCUCGGGGCCGCGCUGCUCCUGGAGGGCGCGCGGCUGCUGCGGAGGGCGCGGCGCGGAGGCCCGCCGGGGGGCCAGGGCGCCGCCCCAGGCGGCAGCGGCGGGGACUGCGCCUGAGCUCCCAUCCCAUCGCCCCCCCCUCCUCCCCCCCCUCCCUCCUGC